GAUUUUGUCAUUGAAAUAGAAAAUACAGAAAUCAAGUGUCAUCGCUUCAUUCUUGCAUCAUGCUCUGGAUUUUUCAGUGGACUUUUCCGAAGUAUGAACGAAGUGACGAAUGGCCGUGCUUCUUUGCAGGGUAUUUCUUGUGAAACAUUUAAGCUAAUACUAGAGACCCUGUACACUGGCCAUGACGUCAUAACUGAAGAUAAUGCCAUUGCCAUCUGGCAUGCCUCUAAUCAGUUACAGAUUGACUUCAUGAUUGCGUUAAGUGAAAAGAUGAUAGUCAAGAUGUUGUUAUUAGACAAUUUUGAAGAAGUCUACAGAAACGCUAAGCUCAUUAAUUCUAGUCAAGUGUUAGAGGCCAUCAGAAAAUUUAUGUUGGAAAAUUUCGUGCAGAUACGAAAGAUGAACACAUUGCUUGAACUUUCGUAUGAUGAACUUUUGUCUUUGGUAAGUGAUCACAAGCUUGUGGUAGAAUCUGAAGACCAAGUCUUGGAAACCAUUAUGGAAUGGAUAGAAUAUCCUGACAUUGGAAUUUUGGAAGUGAAAGAAAAUCAAAAUAAUUUAAGA